UGUAGCCAACGGAUGUAGCCUGACGGAGCGGAAUUUUCAACACGAUUAGUGGGAUAAUGCCAAUGCCUCUCUUUCCUUGUCUAAGGCCAAUGCGCUAAACUUGUGCGCUAAACUAUUGGCAACAAUUGGCAACACUAGUGACGGCCAUCUUUACAUUCUUUACAGCCUGCGGCCAUAUUGAGAACCGCCAUAGUUGUGAGAGUUUAUUGAUGGUUUGUUGUGCUUCAUUUUUCUGUAUUUUAUUGAUAAAAUACCUAAGUUAUAACAACCUAUAUUAAAUCUAUUUUAUUAAACUAAUAUAGUGUUUGUUUCUACACUUCAAAAGCACCAGAAAUGUCUGAUACUGAAGAAGGUGUUGCUGUGAGAAAGACUCGAUCAGGUAGAGCUGUUAAAUCGCCAUUCAAACCAACUAAACCAGCAACUAAAACCACUGGCCGAAAAACUAGAAAGAAGGUUGUUGUUAUGGAGGUUGAAGUAACUGAUGAUGAAGAAAUUGAACAAGUUGACGAAGCAGAACCAGCACCAAAAAAGGCAAAACUAGAUGAAGAUGAACCUGUUUGUGAAACUUUUGAGAAAAAUGAUCCUUUAGAGACAAUUAAAGAAGAAGCAGAGAAGUUGAACGAGAGUUUUGAACUGGUUAUGAAUGACGUAAAUAUGUUAGAAGAAGUGACUGAAAAUGACAAUUUUGAAACCAAUAUUGCAUCAGAAGACAUAGUACUAACGGACAAGCUUGAGGAGGAACUACUUGCUGAUGAUGAUGUAGAAAAGGCAGAGAAUGGACUGAACUAUGAAGCAGUUUUGGAAGAAGUACAGCCUAAUGUAAGUGAGGUUGUAGAAGAAACGACUGAAAAUGUAGAGGAAUCACCUGAGGAAAGCAAAACUGAAGUAGUUAUAGAGGAAAUAAUUGAGGAAAAGGCAUCAGAAGAAGUUAAGGAACAACCUCAGAUAGAGGAGACACCUGUAAUUGAAGAACCAUUUGUAGAAGAGCAAGGUCCUGUUGUAGAGGAAUCUCCUGUUGUAGAGGAAUCUCCUGUUGUAGAGGAAUCUCCUGUUUUAGAAGAAUCUUCUAUUGUAAAGGAAAUUCCUGUUCUAGAGGAACCUUCUGUUGUAGAAAUAGCUCCUCUUAAAGAAGAGACUCCUCUCAUGGAGGAGACUCCUAUUGCAGAGGAAACCCCUGUUUCAGAGGAGCCAUCAACUGAGGAACCAACUGCAACAGAUGAACCAAUGGAAACAGAAGAUUCAAUUAAAAAAGAGACACCUGCUGUUGCAGAGGAAGUGAAACGCAUAACACCAAAAGGUGAUCCUGAAGCUGAGAAUAUUUCUGAUGAAGAGCUUCCAGGUGUGCUGGUGGCAAAAGUACCAGAAACAGAGGAAGUUUCUGAUGAGGAACUUCCUGGACCCAAAAGGGCUGAACUUCCAGCUGAUACCGAGGUUGUAUCAGAGGAUGAGCUAGAAACCACAAAAAAAGAAGCUGAAGAGGAAGAAUUUACAUCUGAUGCUGCAAAUGAGACAAAACAAAGAAAAUCUUCUGUUGGUGAUUAUGAUCCAACAUCACCUACUUCUGAAAAUGAAUCUGCCCCAAAGAAAAAGGAAGAGAAAGAUGACAAAGAGAAAGAAGUUGAACAUGCUAAACCACCAAAACCGAAGAAGCUGCCGGAAUUGGAUAAAUACUGGAAAGCUGUCAAUGAUGAUCCUACAGAUUUCACUGGAUGGACCUAUUUGUUGCAGUAUGUUGAUCAAGAGAAUGAUAUGGAAGCUGCUAGAGAGGCUUAUGAUGCCUUUCUAUCUCACUAUCCUUACUGUUAUGGAUAUUGGCGAAAGUAUGCUGAUUAUGAAAAAAGAAAAGGCAACAAAAAGAAGUGUGAGGAGGUAUUCGAACGGGGACUCAAAGCUAUACCGCUCUCCGUCGAUCUAUGGAUCCAUUAUUUGACAUACGUAAAGGCAACUAGAGGUGAAGACGAGGAACAUGUCAGAUCUCAGUUUGAACGAGCCCUAACAGCUUGCGGCUUGGAGUUUCGGUCUGACAGACUGUGGGACUCUUACAUCAAGUGGGAAACCGAAGGCAAACGCUUACAAAAUGUCACUAGAAUCUAUGAGCGACUGUUGGGAACCCCCACUCAAGGAUACACGACGCAUUUCGACAACUUCCAGGAACAUGUAUCUUCCAACCCGCCAAACAAAGUAUUGGACGUUGACGAAUUUAUGGCCCUCAGAAAAGAAGUUAGGAACAUGCUGAAACAUGACACUGUCGAAAACGUGGUAGAAAACGCCGCCAUGCCACCUGGUGAUGAAGAUUCCAAACUCUACAGUUCUGAUGAAGAAACAAAAGCCAUCAGAGAAAGGAUUGUAUCAAUAAGAAGAAAGAUUCAUAAGAAUACUGUCAGUGCUGUCACCUCAAGAUGGAAUUAUGAAGAAGGGAUAAAGAGGCCGUAUUUUCAUGUUAAACCACUUGAAAGGUGUCAGUUGAAUAACUGGCAGGAUUACCUAAACUUCGAGAUCGAACAGGGCGACAAAACUCGCAUCAUCGUUUUGUUUGAAAGAUGUUUAAUUGCUUGUGCUUUAUAUGAGGAUUACUGGCUAAAGUUUGUACAUUAUUUGGAAGGUUUGAAAGAUCCAGAAAUGCAACCCAAAAUAAGGGAUGUAUAUGAAAGAGCUUGUACCAUCCAUCAUCUAAAGAAACCUAAUUUGCACCUUCAAUGGGCGAUUUUUGAAGAAGCUAGUGGUAACCCUAACAGAGCAGCAGAAAUCUUAGUUAAUUUGGAGAAACAAGUACCUAACCUGCUCCAAGUAGCUUACAGGAGGAUCAAUUUGGAACGCCGUAGGGAAGAAUAUGAAAAAUGCAGUCAGUUGUUUGAACAUUACAUCUCUAGCGCGAAGAACAAAGUGAUUUCCAGCAAUAUCGCCAUCAAGUAUGCCAGAUUUUGCCUGAAAAUAUUGAAAGAUUUUGACAAAGCCAAAGAGACACUAAAAUCAGCUAUUACUAAGGAUCCUAAUAACCCCAGGUUAUACUUACAACUGAUCGAUCUAGUCCUACAGCGUGAAGAGGUUAAGCAAGAUGAAGUUUGUGGCAUCAUAGACGAGUUUUUGGAAAAAGAUGGCCCAGACGCCGAUCAAAAAGCACUUUUCGCUCAAAGGAAGCUCGAAUAUUUGGAAGAUUUCGGUUCUAGUGUUGAACUAGUGAGUGCUGCCUAUGAACAGUAUCAUAAAUAUGGCAAACUUAGCAAGGAAAACCCUAAAAAGAAAGAUGUCAAAAGCGAGGCAUCGUCAUCAAGUAAAAAAGAAAAAACCUCCUCGUCUUCUAGUUCGCAAGCUAACUCGUAUGGGUACAAUUAUGGAGGAUCAUCAGGUCAGACUUCAUAUCCUUAUUCCGGUUCACAGCAGGGACAGUAUAAUUACGCACAGUAUGGACAAGGUGAUCAAUACCAAUACCAGAAUUGGCAGUAUCCCCAGGGAAGCUACGGUGGCUAUAACCAAUGGGGAGGGUACGGCAGUGGCUACAGUUAUUAAUAGAACACGUAUUUCUUGUAAAUUUGCAUCUUUUUUUUAUCUUCAGGUUUUUCUCUUAGGGACCCAUAUAUUGCAAGUUUCGAAUUAUUAUUAACUGAAAUGUUGAUGAUGCACUUCAAAUUCGAUAUGUUGUAUAAUAAGUUUUUAUUUAAUAAAGUCUUAUAAGAUA